GCGCGCCGGCGUGACGUCAGCAGCGCGCCGGCGGUGGCGGCGCCGCGCGGGCCGAGGCGGGCGCCAUGACCUCCGCGCUGGAGAACUACAUCAACCGUACUGUUGCAGUAAUUACUUCUGAUGGAAGAAUGAUUGUGGGAACACUCAAAGGUUUUGAUCAGACCAUAAACUUGAUUUUGGAUGAAAGCCAUGAACGAGUGUUCAGCUCUUCACAAGGAGUUGAGCAAGUAGUGCUGGGCUUAUACAUUGUAAGAGGUGAUAACGUUGCUGUGAUUGGUGAAAUUGAUGAAGAGACAGAUUCUGCUCUUGACUUGGGGAAUAUUCGAGCAGAACCUUUAAACUCAGUUGUGCACUGAAAAGAUAAAAAUGCACAGGGACUUUGUAAAUCUUUGGUUGUACAGACCUAUUUAGCAAUGUGGACCGUUUUUACAAAUUGUGUUUAAUCUGUUCAGUCACCAGUUUUUUCUUAUGAAUAUGUUGUAGUUUUGCAUGUAAAUUAAAGUUUCUACAUUUUGCUAAA